AUGUGCGGCAUCGUCGGCGUUUUGUGCGCGGACGACAGCUCGGCUGUUGGCCCUCUCUAUGAGGCCCUGCUAGCGCUGCAGCACCGCGGGCAGGACGCCGCGGGCAUCAUCACCGAGGACGCGGGCCGCUUCUGCCUCCACAAGGACAACGGCAUGGUCCGCGACGUCUUUGGGCCGGCGCAGCUCACCAACCUGCGCGGCUCGAUCGGCAUCGGCCACGUGCGCUACCCGACGGCGGGUUCGUCGUCGUGCGCCGAGGCGCAGCCCUUCUACGUCAACUCGCCGUACGGCAUCACGCUCGCCCACAACGGCAACCUCGUCGACCUGCCCACCCUCAAGCGCGACCUCGAGCGCGAGUUCCGGCACCUCAACACGGGCUCCGACUCGGAGGUGCUGCUCAACCUGCUGGCAAUCGAGCUCUUCUCCAACCUGAGCAGCCCGUCGCACGAGGGCACGCGCUCCGUCAUCCUCGCGGUGAAUGAGCUGCUGCGCCGCUGCUCGGGCGGGUACGCGUGCGUCUCGAUGAUCAUCGGCUACGGCCUCCUCGCCUUCCGCGACCCGCACGGCAUCCGCCCCCUCUCGUACGGCCGCCGCCUCGCCGAGGGCAGCACCGAGCACGAGUACAUGGUCGCUUCGGAGAGCGGCGCCCUCAACGCGCUCGGCUUCGAGCUGCUCGGCGACGUUCCGCCGGGCCACCUGCUGCUGCUCCGGCGCGGCAAGGAGCCUCGCAUGCACAACUGCUUCGCCUCGGCCGCGGCGCCGCUGGCGCACGCGCCGUGUGUCUUCGAGUACGUCUACUUCGCCCGCCCCGACUCGGUGAUCGACGGCAUCUCCGCUGCGCACGACAUCGACGUCGUCAUCCCCGUCCCCGACACCGCGCGGACAGCCGCCCUCGAGUGCGCGCACGCGCUCGACAUCCCGUACCGCGAGGGCUUCAUGAAGAACCGGUACGUCGGCCGCACCUUCAUCAUGCCGGCGCAGGGCCUGCGCAAGAAGUCGGUCCGCCAGAAGCUCUCCCCCAUCGCCUCCGAGUUCGCGGGACGCAACGUCCUCCUCGUCGACGACUCGAUUGUCCGCGGCACAACCUCCUCGCAAAUCAUCAACAUGGCGCGCGAGGCGGGCGCCAAGCGCGUGUACAUGGCGUCGGCCGCGCCGCCGGUGCGGUACCCGAACGUGUACGGCAUCGACAUGCCCACCUCGGCCGAGCUACUCGCCUCGCGCUACAGCGACGAGCAGAUGGACGAGAUGGCUCGCGAGAUCGGCGCCGACCGCAUCUUUUACCAGGCGCCGCCGCCGGGCCGCCCCGAGCUGGACGACCUCCGCGCCUCCAUCCUGGAGGAGGCGGCCGCGCAGGGCAGCUCCAUCCGCGGCCUCGACUGCUCCUGCUUCGACGGCAAGUACGUCACGGAGCACGUCGGCGCGGCGUACCUGCAGUCGCUCGCGCAGGAGCGCAAGGCCAACCGCGGAGACAGCGACACGAACGCCUGCCACCUUCUCUACAAGCUCGACCCCGCCCCCGCGGGCGCGGAGCGCGCGCGGUAGAGCGCCGGCGCCCCCCUCCCCUCCUGGUCCGCCGCACGGCUGCUGGGCGAGUGGGAGGACACCCCACGCCGCCGGCCGCUGGCUUCCUUGGUCGAGCCACUGUUUGCCGUAGCCACUGGCGCUUGUCCACAACGACCUCUCCCCCCCUCGCUCCUUUCCUCUCCCCUCUCGCUCCUUUCCUCUUCCUCUCUCCACUCCUUCCACACACCUCCUGGCGUCUUAGCGCGCACCCGCACUUCUCUCCCUGGCAUGCUCCCUGGCACAGACGACAGAGAUAAGACUCGAGAGAGUGCAGAGUCCGCAUGCAGGUGUGCACAAACCCUGCACGGCUCGCAUAGCUCUCUCUUGCUUGUUUGACUUGCUUUCUGCCAUUUACUAUUUGCAAAUAAGAAAUGACUCGUACGGAAGGGACACACGUACACAGGGGGCGCGUGGCCGUGGCGGGCGGCAGCGACGGGUCACGGGAACGAUGGUGGCGCGCCUUCUUCCCGCGCAGAAUCCCGAGGGUAACCGCGAACGAUCUCCGCAUCGCGGUAAGGCAAGAGAGGCGGCGCCGACAGCCAACGGGGAACGACCGAUUGAGGUCGGCCCCAAAACUAGGGCCACGCGCGCAAGACGGACUCGGCGAGAAGACGGACAUGCUCAGGGAGGGGGCUGUGGCUCAGCGGGGAGAGGCGGGAUCACGAGGCGCCGUACUCGAAGUCCGAGUCGCCGUACACCUCUAAGCCGAGCUCGUCCUCGCCGGGGAGGCCGAGCUCGGUGCAGUGGCCGCAGGUCGCCUUGCAGUGCCUCACGCCAAACUCGUGGAAGACGACGCAGAUCGCGGGCUGGCAGUCCUCCACCUCGUCCCGGCAGAGGGCCGCCGGCGACUCGGGCGGAGGCGGCGGCGGCUUGAAUAUGUGCGACGGCAGCCAGGGCGGAAGCGGCGGCGGCGAGGGCGGCGGCGGCGGCGGCGCACGCGUGGGCACGUCCCACACGCGCAGGGUGCGGUCGCCGCUGCCCGAGGCGAGGAGGGCGCCGUCCGCGCUGAAGGCGAGGGAGAGAACGUCGUCCGAGUGGCCGAGCAGCGUGUGGAAGUGCGAGCCCGUGUCGGUGUCCCAGAGGCGGACGGUGCGAUCGUAGCCGCCCGACGCGAUCGCCGAGCCGUCGGGGCUGAAGGCGACCGCCGUGACCAUCCCGAGGUGCCCCUUCAGCACGCGCAGCUCCUUGCCGCUCUCGACGUCCCACGUGCGCACCGUGUCGUCCUCGCUCGCGGACGCGAGCACGCUGCCCGCCCCAAAGGCGAGCGCGGUCACGUCGAAGGUGUGGCCGCGCAUCAAGCGCUCCCGCUUGCCGGUGCGCACGUCCCAGACCUUGACCGCCGCGUCGUCCGCCGAGGCGAGGUAGCGGCCGUCUGCGGAGAAGGCGACGGCCUUGACGCCUCCGGCGUGCUUGAGCGUCUUGAGCAGCUUGCCGCUCUCGACGUGC